CGCAGACUCGUUAGUGCGGCACGGGAUGUCGUGGGGUUUCACUAGUGUAAUAGGUAUUAGUAGCGGGGGGAAUUGUCUGUACUAAAUGGGCUUCAAUGGGGUUUGAAGUUGGUUUACGACGGUAUGAGUGUGUUGGAGUUCUUCUACGAUGUUCUACUAUGUUCUACUAUGUUUUGGUGGGGUUUUGUUGUGGCUCUGUUCAGCCGUAUUCACAGUUCUGUUGUAUUCUAAUCAUCUGGCUAAUCAUCUCCCUCGUCGCGACAUUGUCCCAAGUCCCAAUCGGGUAAUAACGUCUGUCUCUUUACCUAAUCGGGCAAUGGACCAUGAAUAAAAGCAGGGUCAGAUUUAUCUA